AUGCGCGGUGGAGAAGCACCAAUGACGAAGUACGUGCUUAUUCACGCUGGUAGAGCCGCUGCUAAGGACAACAGUAAUCCUUAUCCUCAUGAAGCGUUUCUUGUAUGUGUAGACCGUGACACAAUUGAGUCAAUUAGAUUAAAGGAGCCAGCAGUGAAUACAACGCUGAAUUCAACUGCAGACGAUGUCAAGGGCAUAACAUGGGUAUGCUUUUUGGAGGAGAUGGAUGGUGGUUGGAGGCGAAUGGCUGGUCUCUCUGAUGUCGACCAUAAUGGGAUUCGUCAUGAUAGCCGUCUACCACCAACACCGCUAGUUGCGAAGGCUGAAGCGAUGGAGAAGAAGUGUCGAUUUGUUUAUAGAAUCGUGAAGAGCCUCAGCUAG